ACUAAAGUUAAAAGCAAUUAAUUCUUCUUCACUGUAAUCUCUCUUCAUCAUCUUCAUUUUUCUUCUCUCUCAAUCAUUCAGAAAUAUUUUCACUCACAAACCUCUCUGAAACUAGUUCCCCUGAUUUCUUCAGUUUGCACCUUUAUUUCAGAAUCUUUUUGCCCUAUUUCUACUUCUUUUUUUUUCUGUUUCAAUAUUUCUUAUUUCUUCAACCAAAAAAAAAAAAAAACACUUUUUGCUUUCAGCUAUUUCUCGAUUACUAGAAAGAAUUAUCAUUUCUCGUAUUUAUAGUUAAUUAUUUCCAUCUGAUCUACUUCUCUUCUGUUUUUCAAACUUGAAAAAAGUUUAAAAAAUGGUUGAUGUUGCCGGGGAUGUUUGCGGUGUGGUGAGUGCUGUCCUUGAGGUUGGCAAGUGGUUGGCUGGUCCAAUUUGGCGUCCAUGUAAGUACUUGUACAACUACACUACCAAUUUCAAAAAUCUGGAAAUGGAAGUUGAUAAGUUGAAGAACACAAGAGAUGAAGUUGAGCGUAAGAUUAUUGCUGCUGAAAGAAAUGUGGAAGUGAUCAAACAAAAUGUUAAGGACUGGCAGAAAAAUGUGGGGGAGACCAUUACUAAAGCAGAGCAAUUGAUUCAAGAGAAAGAAAUCGACUCGCGUUGUUUCAAAGGAUUGUCCCCCAACUUCAUCAUUCACUACAAACAAAGCAGGAAAGCUUUUAAAUUGAAGCGGGAUGAUAUUGAUCCACUCCUCCAGCAAGAAGGGGAAUUGAGUCCAGUUUCCUACCAAACUAAUCCACCAGACAUCUGGCUUAGACCUAGUGAAAAUUAUUUGGCUUUUGAAUCAAGAAACUCCACUGUAAAGAAUGUAUGGGAUGCUUUAAAUGAUGAGAAUGUCUUCAUGAUUGGUGUUUAUGGGAUGGGUGGUCUUGGGAAGACCACGCUUGUAGAGGAACUUGGUAGGAAAGCCGAGAAGGAUAAGCUCUUUGAGGACAUUGUUUUUCUUGAGGUUUCAGAGUCUCCUGAUGUAAACAAGAUUCAGACAACAAUUGGAAACAAAUUGGGUCUAAAAUUCAAAAACGAAAACGAAAGUGAAAUGGCAAAUAAGAUAUAUUUAAGAAUGAAGGACAAGAAUAUUCUUCUAAUUCUAGAUAACAUUUGGGAACCUCUAGAAUUUGAAAAGACGAUAGGAAUUCCUUGCGGAGCUGAUCGUGGAAGAAAUAAACUUUUGUUCACAACAAGAAACUUAGAUGUGUUGGAGAGGAUGGGCUCCACAAAUAAUUUCCAGAUCGGCAUUUUAAAUGAAGAAGAAGCUUGGACACUAUUUACCAAAAUGGCAGAUGUGUUUGCAGGAAAUAUUAUCCAAACACGUGAAUUGCAUUCUCUACCAAAUGAUAUAUGCAAGGAAUGCAAAGGAUUACCUAUUGUCAUCUGUACAAUAGCUAAAGCAUUAAAAAACAAGAGUCGUCCAUAUGAUUGGAAUUAUGCAUUGCAAGAAUUGAGAGCACCUUCUCCAGCAAAGUUUACAAGCUUCCUAGAAGAGGAUUACACAAAGAUCGCCUUAAGUUACAAGUAUUUAAGAGAUGAUGAACUUAAGAAAAUGUUUUUAAUUUCUAGUCUAAUGGAAAAUAAUACUUCCAUUUCAGACUUGUUCAGACAUGUUGUGUGUUUGGAUGUAUUUGAUGGAGUUAAUUUGACAAUGAAAGAAGCACGAGAUAGACUAGAUAAAUUGGUUUGUGACCUCAAAGAUGCUUGUUUAUUGCUUGACGGGUUCAAAAGCGGCCAAUUUGCUAUGCAUGAUGUUGUUCGUGUUGUUGCCAUAACAAUUGCAUAUGUAGAUCACCAUGUGUUUACACCAAGAAAUGACAUUGAACGGGAUUGGAAAAAUAGAGACAAACUCAAGAAAUGCACAAAGAUCUCGUUACCUGGUAAUAGUACUAUUAUUAGUCAACUUUGGCCUAACGAUUUUGAUUGUCCAAAUCUUGAAUAUUUCCAUAUGACCAAUAUGCGGAACUCUUCUUUGGAAAUCCCAGAGGACUUCUUCACAAAGAUGCCAAAGCUUAGAGUGUUGAAUUUGGAUGGACUACAACAAUCGUCAUUGCCAUCAUCAAUUGAUAUUUUGGCAAACCUACAAACAUUGUGUUUAGAUUAUAGCAAAGUUGAAGAUGUUGUUGUUAUUGGAAGACUUAAGAAGUUAAAGGUCCUUAGCUUGCUAUGUUCUAACAUUAAGGAGUUUCCUAUGGAAAUGGGUCAAUUGACUCAACUAAGACUAUUAGAUUUGAGCGAUUGCUAUGAUUUGAAAGUUAUAGCUCCAAAUGUGUUAUCAAAAUUAUCCCAAUUGGAAGAACUUUAUUUAAAGGGAUGCUGUAUUCAGUGGAAGAUUGAAGUACUAGAGCAAUUAAAACUUUUGUCUAGUCUUAGCAGUUUAGAAUUGGAUAUUGAAGAUGAAAAGGUUUUGCCUAAAAACUUCAUUUCCAGAGAGCUUAUAAGGUACAAUAUAUCAGUGGGAGAUUGGUCGUUCACAGAUUUACUAUUUGGUGAACAUGAGCACUUGAGGAUGUUAGAAUUGAUAAUCGAUCCUACCAUCAACUUAGAAGAAUUAUGUGUAAUAAAAAAUGUUGAACUCUUAUGCUUAGCUGAAUAUUUAGAUGAUGAGAAUGAGAACGAGGACGAGGACGAGGACGAGGACAAUCUUAAGCCUUCAAAAUUCAAUUUGCAGUCAACUGAAAUCACACCACUUUUUAACAAAAAGGUUAUCUUUCCUGAUUUAAAGGUCUUGGCAUUGAAGAAUAUUAUUUCUAGAAAGAUUUGGGACAGCGAACUUCCAUCAUCCUCCUUUCAAAAAUUGAAAGAAUUGAUAUUGCGGAGAUGUACAAAGAUAAAAUUUGUGUUUCCUUAUGCCAUAACCAAGAACCUCCAGCAACUCCAAUACCUUGAGAUAAAGGAUUGUAUUGAUUUAAGAGGAAAUUGUUGCUAUAGAAGAAAUAACAGAAGCAGCUGCCUGUUUUGUCUUUCCUGAAGUAACCUCUUUGAAGCUUGAAAAUCUACCGGAACUUGCAACUUUUUAUCCUGGAAUACAUACUUUGGAAUGCCCAAAGUUGAAAAAGUUGGAGGUGAAAAAUUGUGACAAAUUUAAGAUGUUGAAUUCAGAACCAAAUUCUUUGUGCUUGGACCAUAAGAUCAACCAUGAUCUGGAGGAAUUUGAAUUAAAGACUCAGAGCACAAGGAUUAGUUGGAGGCGUCAUUCUAAUACUUGGACGCGUUAUUCUAAUACUUUGAGGCGUAAAUCUAAUGCUCUUACAAUCUCAGAUGAUAAGUCAGCAAACAUUCCACUUCAACUCCUUCAAGGAUUUCAAAGUCUGGAAGAGCUCAAACUACGUGGCUGUGAAUACAAAGAAAUUAAGAGUGUAUUUGAUCUUCCAAAUCUUAAUUUUCUACAUGUAGAGCAGUGUAGCAAAUUGGUGAGUCUAGUGCCAUCAUCAUCUUCAAUGGCUAGAAGCUUGGAACAGUUGAAAGAAUUGAACAUAUCUGAUUGUGGAAUGCUGGCUGAAAUAUUAGAAAAUAAGAGAGAUGUAACAACAAUUGAAAUUGUUUUUCAAAAAUUGACCAAGUUGUCACUUGAUCGGUUAGAAAGUCUCACAUGCUUCUGCUCAGGGAAUCACUCUCUUAAUUUUCCAUCAUUGGAAAAUUUAAUUAUUACAAAAUGUCCCAACAUGAACACUUUCUUCAGAGAAAUCUCAAACGUUUCAGAAUUUACUUUGCAGUCCAAUGAAAUGACGCCAUUUUUUAACCAAAAGGUUCACUUUCAUGAUUUAAAGGUCUUAGAAUUGAAGAAUAUUAGUUUUGAAAAGAUUUGCGACAAUCAACUUUCAACUUCUUCUUAUCAAAAUUUGACACACUUGACCUUAUUUGAAUGUGAUAAAAUAAAAUAUGUGUUCCCUUUGUCAAUAGCCAAAAGCCUCCAACAACUUCAAUACCUUGAGUUAACGAGUUGUAAGGUUUUAGAGAGAAUUGUUGCUCCAGAAGAAGGAACAGAAGCAAUUAUCAAUUUUUUCUUUCCACAAGUAAGCACAGUGAAGCUUCAAUUUCUACCAGAGUUUACAGAUUUCUAUCCUGGAACACAUACUUCAGAAUGGCCAAAAUUGAAAAAGUUGGUGGUUGAAGAUUGUGGUAAAUUUAAGAUGUUGACUUCAGAGCCAAAUUUCCUAUGCUUUGACCAAAAGAUAUGAUGAUGGAAGUCAGUAAAAGAGAGGAGAUAGGCACUGUCUGGAUCCAGAUGUAGGUACUUACACGAAGGCAGGAUCGAGCAAAGGCUGUUGAGAUUCUUGUCAAGGAGAUUACUCAGCUCCUCACUCUUGAUAACUUUAGGCAAAAUAAACAUUUUUCCAAGUAUGGAGACACAAAAUCGGCUCGUCAUAUUAUGCUUGUAGAACUCAAAAAGCUAAUUGAAGCAAACCCACUGUUUCGUGACAAGCUUACAUUCUCAGCCUUCAAAAGUUCACGACUAAGGAUAUUGAUAAACCAGAGCUAAAGGAGCUCGUCCUCCACCUACAAGCACCCCCUUGUGGGACCAAUUCCUAAAGCUGGUACUUUUCCGCCUAUUGGUGCUCAUGGUCCAUUUCAGACUGUUGUUUCCCCAUCUCCUCGUGCUGCUGUUGGUUGGAUGUCAAACAGUAGUCCUUCCUUACCUCGUCCUGCUGUGGCCUCCUAGUCCUGUUCAGUCUUCUAGCGCUGGCCAACAGGUAUGACUGGGAUGGAUCAUUAAUCAGCUGAUUCAGAGAAUUUGAUGAAGCGUAUCCGCACUGGCCAAUCUGUUGAGGUGUCUUUUUUUGGUGUAGCACAUACUCCCAAUGUAUAUUUUCAAGACAACAUCACUAAAGCUAUUCUUUUAGUGGGGACAAAUGUUGGUGACAUUAGCCUUUGGGAGGUGGGAUCCCUGGCAAGGCUGGUACACAAGUCUUUCAAGGUUUGGGACAUAUCAGCUGCUUCGAUGCCAUUGCAGAUGGCUUUGUUGAAUGAUGCUCCGAUAUCAGUGAAUAGGAGUGUUUGGGGGCCAGAUGGACUUAUGCUUGGACCCAAGUUUAUGUAAGAAAGAAGGCUAAAACCGAAGCAAUGGGAAGAGAGGGAAGGGCAACAGGAAGCAAAGAUUCUGGAGCUUGACACCAAGUUGAAGCAGAUUCAGUUCAGGAUUCACAACAACUCAAGAAAAGGGCAAUAACAGAAUAACGGUUUCAACGGAAUGAGGGGACCACGGGUACAUUGAAGAAUGAUGUGGCAGCAGUUGAAGAUAGAAGUGAAUUGGAGGGAAAAGAGCAUUAUAUGAAGCGGGAAAGGAAAGGAAAGGAAAGUAAAGGGGUUAAGCAGAAAUUGAGGAAAUACAGGGAAUUUAGGGAGAGAUCCAGCCUCUCUAGUGCUGGAGUUGUAUGAGUGCUGAGGGAAGGGUUGUACUCUGUAUUGAUGAUUUGUAUCAGUAUUAUUGUUGUGGAAUAGUAGAGACCAGUAAUGAAUUCAAGAUUUCCUUUAAUCAUAAUUCUUCCAUAUAUCA